AUGACGGAUUUAGGAAUAGCAAUUGAACGUAUGGAACAACUUAAAGAAUCUAUAGACAUUGUAAUAUUUAUCAAUAAUUAUAGGGAUAUUUAUGUAUAUGUGCUGCAUUUGUUUUGUUGAUGUAAGUUGGAUUCGCAUUCCUUGAAGGUGGAUGUCUUAGGUAUAAGGACAUGUAAAGUAUAAUGCUCAAAAUAUUUAUGAACACUUGUGUUACUAUUAUAAUAUGGUGGCUUGUUGGUUAUGGGAUAGCUUUUGGAAGUGAUUCAAAAGAAUUCGUUGGAUCAUCUGUUUAUGUUGGAUUCGAUAUGAAAAAUUCUAAACAUUUAGCAGAGUUUGCAUUUUAAACAGCUGUUGCUUCUGCUGCUACUAGCAUAGUAUCAGGAGGUGCUGCUGGUCGUAUGACAUACAUUGGAUAUUUUAUAUUAUCGGUAGUGUUUUCUUCAGUUAUAUAUCCAUUCUGUGCACAUUGGGGAUUUGGAAAUGGUUGGUUAAUGAAAUUAGGAUAUCAUGAUUAUGCAGGUAGUGGUACUAUUCAUGCAUCUGCUGGUAUGGGUGCUUUAAUGACAACUAUGUUAUUGAAACCAAGAAAUUAAAGGUUUAAUCCAAAAUAUGCAGAACAUUUUGAACCUAACAAUCCAAUUUACAUCACUUUAGCUUGUCUUUCUUUAUGGGUGUGUUGGUGUUUCUUUAAUGGUGGAUCUUCAUUAGGUAUUGCAAAUGGAGCUAGUGUUUUUAUGAGUCGUGCUAUNCUUACUACAUUAAGAAUGAUGCUGAAAUGCUUACUCUUACAAGUUAUAAAUAAAAUUAUGUCAAUUGGAAACAUUGUCUUACUGAAAGAGUGGGACCUUAAAGAGGUUAAAGCAUUGGAACUUUGCCCUUCAUUGGCAAGACCUCUUAUCAAGAGAACUAUCAAAUUAAUAAUUGUGAACCCAUGGAAUCUGCAAAAAAGAAAACUCUGUAUUCAAUAUUUGUUUAUUUAAGAGGUCCUUUUGCUUCUGGGAGUAUAAUGAUCUUUAAAGAAGCCUUGUCUAAAAUACACUAUCCAAAUUAUUAGAUUGAGGAAGUACCACCAAAAAAACAUAAUAGUAAUCAUUAAUAAGGAAAUGGGUCUUAUGAUGGACAAUUCAAAACAACUUUUAAAAAGUACUUUUAAGAUUUAUUUAAUCUCUAGUUCAUUUGUGUAUAAAGUACCAGAACCUAUAGUGUAGGAUAGAUAUUGGAAAUAGAAAUUGAUACAAAAGAUUUUGGAUAGGAAAUAAAAUUGA